AUGCAUGACAAAGAAGCCAUCCCUCAACUAGGCACUUUCUCCCUUGUGAGAUAUUACCAAUUCCAGGUCACAAAGGUGCAGCAGAACGACGACGACGACCCAGGCAUUAUCGUCUCUCCCGUUGCACACCGGACACGCGGGAGACUGAAGAAAGAGGAAAUGAAGGCGGAGCUGGAGCAACUGCGCCUGCAGAUGCAGGAGUUACUCCUCCAGACCCCUACAAAGCAAGCCGAUGAAAGCCGACCGUCUCCAAAUGCAGGAUCUGACUCUGAAGAGUCAGUCACAAUGCAACCUCCGUCACUACCGGCCACCCCUAUUUCCAAAGAAGCCGAGCGUAUACUCUACGCCCCGGCAAAGGAUGAACAGAUUGUGAAUGCGGCCCUUAUUCUCCUGCUGAAUGCCAUUACCAUCCAUUUUCCUCUAUCCAACGACCGGACUCUCCACAGAAGAGCAUUUACGGUCAAUUUCAAAACGGCUUCGUUCCAGGCACGGACCGAUGGUUAUCUCGGAGAUAGAACCAGCGGCAAGGUCCGUGCUCUCAUCGAGGUCAAACCGUAUGUCAGGAAGAGAGGUCGGGGUCGGAUACAGAUGCAAGAGGCUGCUCAGAUGGUGGCAUGGAUCUCCGACAACAAACAAAGACCAAGCCAGUUUCCUGGCCGGCAUCUCCAUAUAUCUCAGGAUCGGCAUGAAAUCUUCCUCACCUUUGCCGAAUAUGACGAGAGCUAUCUCAAGUACCUCAAGGAGGGCCUGUCACCCGGUGAUCCGGAGCCGUUUCUGACUCUGCAUGAAUUUGGUCCCUGGGAUAUCAAGGAUGCGAGACACAUGCAGGAGCUCGGCCCGAUCAUUCUGGCAUUUACAAUGCGUGCCCACCAAGAUCAGCAACUCGAAUCCCGUUCGUCAGCUGGACAAGGAAGGACCGGAGAGCAGAAGAAAGGACUCUUCACAUGA